AUGUCUUAAGAAAAACUAAGAGAGGUAGAAAUAAAUACGCUACAAAAUAGUGUUUCUAAUAUGAACCACGAAAAAUAAAAUUAGCAUGCAGUAGUUGAGCUACCACCUAUUAAGUAGCAAUAAUAAUAAUCAUAGUAGUAGCAACAAUCUGAUGAGCAAGCAGAAGAUGAAAAGAAUCGCUUACUUAAAUAAGACUCAGACAAGAAGAAUUAAAAUAGGACAUCUAUUGACACUAACUCUAAAAAUGAAGCUACUGAGGCUUUAACGGAGCUUACAAAAAAAGUGAAUCCUAGAAUUUCCUAGAUAGGUAUCGAGGCAUAAAAAGAAUCUAACAGAAGCGAUUCAAACUCAAAUUAAGGUGAUUCUAAAAAUUUAUCAAUUUUCAAGGAUGAGGAAGAUGAAGCACAUAAGCAGAAAAAAUAUAAAGUUAAAAUAUUCAAAAUUAUUUUGGAUAGCAGUAUAUUUUAAAUUAUUGUAAAUGUCUUUACUGUGUACUCUUUAUUUGCUGAUGAUAUAAGAGUCAUGACAACAAGGAAAGAUGCUGAUUUGGGUUUUGAUAUAUGUACCAUCAUUGUCAUAUGUACUUUUGUUGCUGAAAUUAUUAUGAGUAUGGUUGAGAAAGAAGGCUACACUUUCUCAUUCUUUUUCUGGUUAGAUAUUCUUUCGACAGUAUCUAUGCUUCUUGAUAUUAAUAUGCUCAAUAAUGUAAUAUUUAAUUCUGGAUCAGGAUAAAUUGGAGGUGUCUAAAAAGCAGGUUAAGCUUCAAGAGUUGGUUCAAAAGCUGGUAGAGUUGUCAGGCUUGUUAGGUUAAUUCGUAUUGUCAAGCUAUACAAGGCAGCAUAAUAAUAACAUGAAAAUAGAUUAGCUGAGAAAGCUAAUCAAAGCUAAAGUAAUUUUAAACUUAUGGAAAAAAUAAGAAAGAGAAAGAUGAAAAAGAAAGUACAUCCUGGCCCUAUUGAUUCCAAAGGAGCUGUAGAUUCAAAGGGACAAUCUGAUUCAAAAGGCCCAAAUGAAUCAAGUGGCCAAUUCAAUGAUGGUUAAGAUGAGGCAAGCAAGUCACAAGUUCAAACCUCAACAACAAAAGACUCAUAAAUUUAAUAAUAAAAAGGAUUUAAUCCUCCAAAAGAAUCAAAAGUAUCUAGAAUUUUGACAGAUAUAACUACUAAAAGAGUUAUCAUUUUAGUUUUAGUUCUUGUAUUCAUCAUGCCUUUAUUCUCUGUCGAUUACUAUUUUGAUCCACCUUCUCCUAUUGAUAUAUCAGUAAAAUAAAUGAAAAUGGUAUGCGAGACAUAAUCUACUAUUUUAGAUAUAUAAAACCAAAUGUAAUAUAUCAUAAAUAUGUUUAAUGUUGUCCCAGCAGUGCUUUCAUACUUUUAAACACCCUUCCCUGACUCAUACGGUAUAUAGUUUAAAGAUAGCGAUUAUGAUAACUUACGUUUCGAUGAGAAAUUAGGAGCUGUUUAUUCAUUCGAUCAUGAUACCUUUCUUUAAUAUCAUUCUGAUGCUCCAUAAGAUAUAAAAGAUUAGCUCACUUCGAAACUUAAAUCAGAUGGAGCUUUAAAUCUUGUAGGUGUCAUGUCUUUGAGAUAAACUUAAAUCAUUUCUUCUGCCUUAUCAUUUUGUAAUACAAUUUUUGUUUGCGUAGUUUUAACAGCUGGUGCUAUUCUCUUUUCUAAAGAUGCUAGUGAUUUGGCUCUAGGUCCUAUCGAGCGUAUGAGAGAUAAAGUUAUUGCUAUAGCUAAUGAUCCUCUGUCUUCAAAAGAUCAAAAGCUUAUUAGUGAUGAAGAAAAUAAAGAACAAUAUGAAACAGUUAUCAUAGAAAAUGCCAUUGUGAAAAUAGGAACACUGCUCGCUCUUGGCUUUGGUGAAGCAGGUUCUGAAAUUAUUGCAAUUAAUAUGGGUAGAUAAGGUGAUGUUGAUCCUAUGAUUCCUGGUAAAAAGAAGUGCGCUAUUUAUGGUUUUUGCGAUAUUAGAAACUUUACUGAUGCAACUGAAGUUCUUUAAGAAGAUGUCAUGCUCUUUGUGAAUAAUAUUGGUGACAUAGUUCAUACAAUCACUGAUAGAUUCUUAGGUGCCGCUAAUAAGAAUAUUGGUGAUGCUUUCUUACUUGUCUGGAGAAUUAAUGAAUAAAAAUAUUCCAUUAACGAUGAAACAAAUGAGAUUACUUUCUCAGAUGAAUAAUAUAUAUCAAUAUUAAGUGACUAUGCUUGCUUAGCCUUUUUGAGAAUACAAUCAUAAAUAAAUAGAGUUCCAAAAAUUCUUGCCUAUCGUCAAGAUAAGCGUCUUUAGGAUAGAAUUGAAAAUUACAAAGUCAAAAUGGGUUUCGGUCUUCAUAUAGGUUGGGGUAUAGAGGGAGCUAUCGGUUCAGAGUUUAAGAUAGAUGCUUCUUAUCUUAGUCCUAACGUCAACAUGGCUGCUCGUUUAGAAGCUGCUACUAAAUAAUAUGGUGUUCCUCUUCUCAUUUCAUCUGAUUUAUAAUCCUACUUCACUCCUGAAAUGAAAACUUAUACUAGAUAUAUUGACAGAGUUACAGUUAAAGGUUCAAUUCGUCCUAUUGGUCUCUUUACUGUUGAUAUGGAUGUAGAUAGUAUGCCUCCAAAAAAAGAAGUAGACCCUAAUCUAACUAAACACGAUAUACAUAACAUGAAUCAAAUUAAGAAAGAAGAGAUGAAAGAUAUAAUGGAACAAGCAAUUUCAAACUAAGAACCUUGGAAUGCAGAUGCUUUCAUUCAAGAAACCAAAGAUUUAUAUCUAUUAUUUGAAACAAGGAAUCAAUAAUUUUAAGAUAACUUUGCUUAAGGAUUUUAAAAGUAUUUAGAUGGUCACUGGGAUUAAUCAAAGAACAUAUUAAAUGCUGGCUUAAAAAUGUGUCCAGAUGAUGGUCCAACUAGAACAAUCUUAGAAGUUAUGGGAGGUUAUGGCUUCCAAGCUCCUUAAGAUUGGAAAGGAUUUAGAGAACUCACAGAAAAGUGA